AUGGAUCUUUGUUAUCUUAUUUUAAUAGCUACGUGGGUGGGUGGUGCAUAUAUUAAUGGUACAGCUGAAAUGGUAUUUUCCGAUGGUCUGUUAUCGACUCAAGCUCCACUCGGUUAUGCAAUUAGUCUAAUGUGUGGUGGUAUUCUAUUUGCUCGUCGAAUGAGAGCGGCAGGCUACGUAACAAUGUUAGAUCCAUUCCAGCGUAAAUAUGGAGAAAGAAUGGGUGGUCUCUUGUUUCUACCCGCAUUGAUGGGCGAAGUUUUUUGGUCUGCGGCGAUACUCUCAGCUCUGGGUGCCACAAUUAGUGUUAUUUUCACAGAUGUCUCACAGACAGCGUCUGUUCUGAUAUCAGCUGGUGUUGUCAUAUUCUAUACACUAUUUGGCGGUUUAUAUUCAGUAGCAUAUACCGAUGUUGUACAAUUGUUCUUCAUCUUUGUGGGAUUGUGGUUAGCGAUACCAUUUGCAAUAAAACAUAAGAGUGUUGGGAAUAUUCUUACAACGUGGCCUCAAUGGCAUGGUGGAAUUGUUAAACAUACCGAAGUUCGAUGGAUAGAUGAUUUACUGUUGCUCAUUUUUGGUGGAAUACCCUGGCAGGUCUAUUUUCAACGUGUAUUAUCCGCUAAAAGUGCUAGUAAAGCAAUGUAUUUAUCAUUUUUUGCCGCUGUUGGAUGUAUUUUAUUGGCGAUACCGCCUGUUAUUAUUGGAGCAAUAGCAAAAUCAACAAAUUGGAAUGAAACAGACUUCGAUUUGAACAAAGAUAUAACCUCAGCGGAAUCGAAAAAGUUGAUAUUGCCAUUAGUUUUACAACAUUUGUGUCCGAAACCGAUAGCAUUUAUCGGAUUAGGUGCAGUAUCUGCAGCAGUCAUGUCUUCCGCAGAUUCAAGUGUUCUAAGUGCAAGUUCAAUGUUUGCAAGAAAUGUUUGGAAAUUAGUUUUCAGAAAUCAGGCAAGUGAACGUGAAGUAUUGUGGGUUAUGCGAAUUGGUAUCUUCAUUGUGGGUGGUGCAGCAGCUGGGAUUGGGAUAUCGGUACCAUCAAUCUACUUAUUAUGGAUAUUAUGUUCGGAUCUGGUAUAUGUCAUCUUAUUUCCUCAAUUAUUAUGUGUUGUCUAUGUCCAGUUUACCAAUACGUACGGAUCACUGAUUUCCUACAUCAUCGGUCUCACUUUUCGAAUUCUAAUCGGUGAACCAGAAAUGGGUGUUCCGCAAGUGAUUCGAUUUCCGUGGUACAUACCACCACGUACUAUGUGCAUGUUAAUUAGUCUCUUUACAAUCAUAGUGGUAUCCUACAUAACAAAAUUAUUGUUUGAAAAUCAAAUAUUAGCACCAAGAUUUGAUAUAUUACGAUGUUUAACAAAUAUUCCGGUAGAAAUAAUCCCAUUGAAAGAAAGUACAACUGCAGAUGAAUUUUCAAAAUUAAAUAUAUCAAAGAAUACAAGUUAUAACGAUCAAAUAACAACAGAUUCAAUACAAUUAGCACCAUCCUUUAUUGCAUUAGAUCAUGGGCAUAACAAUCCGGUUGAUACGUCAUACGGAGCAAUACAUUGA